AUGGGUCAGUACGAGGAUGCGGUGACGGCCAUUACGGCGUUGAAUGGCACGCAGUUGGGAAAUCGUACCCUUCAGGUGAAUUUCAUGAACGAAUUCGACUGGUAA